GAUUUUCGAAAAGGGAAGUUAAACCUUCAGUGCAUGAGACCAUCCGUCUCGAAGUGUGUGGGGGGAGAACAUCUUUUCCUCACUUCAGGACAUGGUUAUACAAUAUCCUAAAUACGUGUGUGGUCUUUGUUAUUUUUUCUUCUCAAUCCUGACCCAGGUGUCUUCCAGCACCCUUAAAGUCACUGGCUUCUACGGAGACAAUGUGACUUUGUCCUGUAGGUAUGACACCCAAACUCAGAGCGUCUAUUUCCUGCAUUUCUGUUGGGGACGUGAUAAGGUGCCCAUAUCCAAAUGCUCCAAGACCAUCCUCUCCUUUGAGGAAGGGGCUGUGAGUUACAGGAAGUCCCCCAGGUACAAGCUGCUGGGCAGGUUGGCAGAUGGAGACGUGUCCCUGACCAUCGUCAACGCUCAGUGGUCUGAUGCAGGGGUGUACGGCUGCAGGGUGGAGAUCCCAGGGUGGUUCAAUGACCAGAAGGUCAACGUACAAUUGGUCAUGGAGGAAGCUCCUACAGAACAUCCUGUCACUGAGGACUGGACACUUCGAACACAAGAUGUACUGACCACAUCUGCACCUCAAAAUGAAGAAGGUGAUGAUGCAAGACUUGACCUAAUUGGAAACCUAUUGGAUGAAACAACUGAGGAGGCCCCACGAGUGAAUGAAGUGAAAACCUACAGUGUUUUUACGUUUGAGGAAAAAUUCAAAGCUUCCCUGGGAGUCGGAGACAUUGGCAGGGCGGCAGCUAUUUUCCUCCUCACCAUAAUCGUAAUCCUUGUCUUCAUUUUUCGGCGAGGUUUUCUGCCGGGGAGGAAGCUUCAAGAGCUCAACAUCUCAGCUGAUGAGAACAUCUAUGAAAGUGUCCCAAAUCAUAACUGAUGGUCAACAUUAUGAGAACAGAGGAGUCUGCCGAUUUAUGAUAGCUAAUAGUGUCUGCUUGUCAUGUUCGGAAUCUAUCCGCAUAUUAAACGCUUAUCUGUUAAUACAUUAGGGGGAAUAAGAGAGCAGAAAUAUAAACAAUUUCCCCAGUAAAGCAGCUUACAGUGUCCCUUUAUUUUCAGAUUGCAUUGAAAGAGGCCAGUGUGAGUCACAUGUGGCUGAGAAGAUGCAAAAAUACCCUGCAGAUUAAUUAAUUUGCUUUUAUUUUCUGUCUGUCUGCUUUGGUGGCAAAAUUGAUCUCUAAGACUUUAAAAGCUUGUGGAUGGUUUAUACUUGUGGACACGAUGCCACCUUCUGGAUACAUUACUAAAAAAACGAAAGAAGAUUCUGCCCUGAAAACGCUGCACAAACGGUGUUUAGGAGAGGAGAACAGAGGGCGAGAGGGAGGAAACUGUGGGAUAAAUGUAUAUUCCCACCGUUUGUUUUCAUCUGAAGUCAACAUCUGAAGUGUAUAUUGAAAAACUCUGCUCACUAAAACUUCAAUAAAACACAUUAUAGACAAAGUCA